CUGGCUAUUCCGUAAGAGAGGCCAAGGGAUUGUUGUCCAUUAAUGGGCUUUAACUGUUUUGUUAAGAGUCUGCCUUUUUGUUUCUAUUAAGACUUUAUCUUUAAUCACCAUAGUGGAUACUGUCAGAAAUCAACACAGUAGUAUUGCCAGAGUUGCAAAUCUGGAAACUUCGGUGGCUAUGUAUGGGGACAAGCUGGAGCUGCAGCUGUCUGGUUUCAAUGAUAAGCUUCCUAAUCUUCUGUCUAAACUUGUGGCCACUAUCAGCACAUUUAUGCCUUCAGAAGAUCGUUUUAAGCUUUACAUUGAGGGACUUUGCCAUGGAAAUUUCUUAGAAGAGGAAGCAAUAAGCCUGUCUAACAUAUUUAAAGACAACUUCUCUGUACAACCACUUCCUUUUGGAAUGAGGCAUUAUGAUCGUGUAAUAUGCCUACCUCCGGGGGCUAAUCUUGUUGGAGACGUUAGUGUAAAAAAUAAAUUGGAGAGAAAUUCUGUGCUAGAGCUUGAUCUUGAUAAAGCUUCUUUUAAGAAUUAUAAAGAUGGACUAAUCAACAAGCUAUUAGAGAAGGAUCCAUCACACUCGUGUGAGACCAAUAGAUUUUGGAAUCAGAUUGUUGAUGGGAGGUACAUGUUCGAUAUAUCCCAGAAGGAAGCAGAGGAAUUGAAGAACAUUCAGAAGAAUGACAUUGUAGAUUGGUACAAAACAUACUUGCAAGAAUCGUCCCCCAAAUGUCGUAAACUAGCCAUUCGAGUAUGGGGUUGCGAGGUAAACAUGAUUGAGGCCGAGACCCCAUUGAAAUCUGAAGUAUCCAUUAAAGACGUCGAAGCUUUUAAGAUGUCAUCAACGUUUUACCCAAGACCCUGUUGAGCAGGCAAAACCACAAAUGAUGUUUUGAUCUAUUCAUUUUAGAAAUGGAUUUACCAAUACACAUUCGGCCUUUUGAAUUGUAAACAUUGUUUAUAGACAUGGAUAUUAAAUAUCUGGGGUUUGAGAUAAUUAAUGUAUAUGUUUGAAUAUGUAGAAUAAUUAAUGUCGGUGAGUUUAAUGUAUGUGUUUCUUUUACCAAUUA